AUGGCCACCGCUGGGGGCGGCUCUGUGGCCGACCCGGGAAGUAGGAGUCUUCUUCGCCUUCUGUCUUUCUGCGUUCUACUGGCAGGUUUGUGCGAAGGAAACUCAGUGGAGAGGAAGAUCUACAUCCCCUUAAAUAAAACAGCUCCCUGUGUCCGUCUGCUUAAUGCUACCCAUCAGAUUGGCUGCCAGUCUUCCAUUAGUGGCGACACAGGGGUUAUCCACGUAGUAGAGAAGAAAGAGGACCUGCAGUGGGUGUUGACUGACGGCCCUAACCCCCCUUACGUGGUUCUGCUAGAGGGCACACUCUUUACCAGGGAUGUGAUGGAGAAGCUGAAGGGGAGAUCCGGCCGAAUUGCUGGUCUUGCAGUGUCUUUAGCCAAGCCCAGUCCUGCCUCAGGCUUGUCUCCCAGUGUGCAAUGCCCCAAUGAUGGGUUUGGUGUUUACUCCAACUCUUACGGGUCACAGUUUGCUCACUGCAGAGCCUUUCAGUGGAACAAGGUGGGCGACGGCUUGGCUUAUGAAGACUUCAGUUUCCCCAUUUUUCUUCUUGAAGAUGAAAAUGAAACUAAUGUUGUUAAGCAGUGCUACCGAGAUCACAACCUGGGUCAGAACGGCUCGGCGCCGGCCUUCCCGCUGUGCGCCAUGCAGCUCUUCUCACACAUGCACGCCGUCAUCAGCACCGUCACCUGCAUGCGGCGCAGCUUCAUCCAGAGCUCAUUCAGCAUCAACCCAGAGAUCGUCUGUGACCCACUGUCUGACUACAACGUGUGGAGCAUGCUGAAGCCUAUAAAUGUAUCUGGGACGCUGGAGCCGGACGACAGGGUUGUGGUGGCUGCCACCCGACUGGACAGUCGUUCUUUUUUCUGGAAUGUGGCCCCAGGGGCCGAAAGCGCCGUCGCCUCCUUCGUCACGCAGCUGGCUGCAGCCGAAGCUCUGCAGAAGGCACCUGAUGUGACCACCUUGCCCCGCAACGUCAUGUUUGUUUUCUUCCAAGGGGAAAUCUUUGACUACAUCGGCAGCUCGAGGAUGGUCUACGACAUGGAGAAUGGCAAGUUCCCUGUGCAGCUAGAGAAUAUUGAAGCGUUUGUGGAGCUGGGACAGGUGGCCUUAAGAAACUCACUAGAGCUUUGGAUGCACACAGACCCCAUGUCUCAGAAAAAUGAAACUGUACUAAACCAGGUGGAGGCGCUCCUGAGCACCCUGGAGAAGAGUGGCGCUGCUGUCCCUGCCGUCGUCCUCAGGAGGCUGAACCAGUCCCAGCCUCUGCCACCAUCUUCUCUGCAGCGAUUUCUUCGAGCUCGAAACAUCUCUGGCGUUGUUCUUGCUGACCACUCUGCUUCCUUCCAUAACCUCUAUUACCAAAGCGUUUACGACACUGCGGAGAACAUUAACGUGACCUACCCUGAAGGGCAGAGUCCUGAGGAGGACCUGAACUUUGUGACAGACACAGCCAAGGCUCUGGCAGAUGUGGCCACGGUGCUGGCACGCGCACUGUACCAGCUCGCAGGAGGAACCAGCUUCAGUGACACCAUAGAGGCUGAUCCCCACACGGUUACCCGCCUGCUCUAUGGGUUCCUGGUUAGAGCCAACAACUCGUGGUUCCAGUCUGUUCUCAGGCCGGACCUACGGCCCUACUUGGGUGAUGGGCCUCUUCAGCAUUACAUUGCCGUCUCCAGCCCCACCAACACCACUUACGUUGUACAGUACGCCUUGGCCAACUUGACCGGCAAGGUGAUCGACCUCACCCGGGAGCAGUGCCAGGACCCAAGUCAAGUCCCCACUGAAGACAAGGAUCUGUACGAAUAUGCCUGGGUUCAGGGCCCUUUGGACGCCAAUGAGACAGACCGGCUCCCCCGGUGCGUGCGCUCCACGGCACGCCUGGCCAGGGCCUUGUCCCCUGCCUUUGAGCUGAAGCAGUGGGGCUCCACCGAGUACUCGACAUGGACCGAGAGCCGCUGGAAAGACAUCCGCGCCCGGAUAUUUCUGAUAGCCAGCAAAGAGCUGGAGUUUAUCACCCUGAUAGUGGGCUUCGGCAUCCUCGUCUUUUCUCUCAUCGUCACCUACUGCAUCAAUGCCAAAGCCGAUGUCCUUUUCAUCACUCCCCGGGAGCCAGGAUCUGUGUCUUACUGA